AUGGUAAAUGAAAACUUUAAAUUAACAGUAGAAAAUAAAAAACCGGUAGAGAUGGUAUAUGAAAUAAAAGACGAAUAUAAGGUUCCUAGUUAUGAGGAGUUUAUGAAAACUUAUGAGAGUGAUGGUAAUUUGGAUUAUGCUGAUUUAAGUGGUGGUAGUGUUGGAACACCAAACGGUUAUGGUCCAGGUCUUUGGGAACUGAUAAUUGCUAAGAACGAAGAAGAUAUAGGGAUAAUGAAUACUGUGGCAAAUAUCGUGAAGAAUAUGAGGAUAGAAUUAAGUUCGCAAAAUGAAUGGGUAAAACAGCCUUAG